AUGAUUUCAGACUUGGAACAAAAGUACGGCUACAAUCAAUACUGGAUAGGAGCGUACCAUUCCGGUAGUACUUUCGAAUGGGCAACUGGAAUCCAGAUGGCUGAUAAUGACUAUAAGCAUUGGGCACCUCACGAGCCGGACCUUGAUAAAGGUGACUGUGUUUAUGAGGAAAGCAAUGGCUGGCAUUCGGAUGAAUGCAACGACUUCAUGCAUGCUCAUCACUUCAUUUGCCAGAAGAAUUCAUGUAUGCUUUUGUGCCAUGCAAUCUCGUGCACCUUAUAA